AUGCCAGAGAAGUCUAUUAAGAACCAGAUCGAAUGGUUUGCCUCCCUGAACCCUAUUGAGGAGAAGAUAGGCAACCAGUUUCUGCGGAAGACCUCUAUCAUUGCGACCAUCGGUCCUAAGACCAACAAUGUGCCAAUGCUGCACAAACUCCGCGAUGCCGGCGUGAAUAUCAUCCGCCUGAAUGCGAGCCACGGUAGCCACGAGUACUUCCAGAGCGUCGUGGACAACUGCCACCAGGUGGUGCGCGAGGCGCCCGGCCGCCCUCUGGCCAUUGCAAUGGACACCAAGGGCCCCGAAAUGCGCACGGGUGUGAUGAUCAACGGCGAGGAUAUUCCCAUCAAGGCAGGUCAUGAGUUUAUCGUGACCACUGACCCUGCCUACGAGCAGAAGUGCAGCGACCAGUACCUGUACAUCGACUACCUGAACCUGGCGCAGAAGGUGGAGCCGGAGCGCAUCAUCUACAUUGACGAUGGUAUCCUGGCUCUGAAAGUGCUGAGCGUUGACGGCACCAAUGUGCAUGUGCGCACCGUGAACGAUGGCGUGCUCUCGUCGCGCAAGGGUGUGAACCUGCCUCUCACUGAGGUGGACUUGCCCUCCGUGUCGGAAAAGGACAAGAAGGACCUGCUGUUCGCCGUGGAUCAGGAGCUGGACAUGGUGUUUGCGUCGUUUAUCCGCAGUCGCCAUGAUAUUGAAGAGAUUCGCUCCAUCCUUGGCGAAAAAGGCUCGCACAUCCGCAUUAUCGCCAAGAUUGAGAACCACCAGGGUCUGGUGAACUUUGACGAGAUCAUGGAAGCCGCUGAUGGCAUCAUGGUGGCGCGCGGUGACCUAGGUAUCGAGAUUCCUGCUCCUCAGGUGUUCCUUGCGCAGAAGAUGAUGAUUUCGCGCUGCAACAUCGCGGGCAAGCCUGUCAUUUGUGCUACGCAGAUGCUCGAAAGUAUGACGAAAAACAACCGUCCGACGCGCGCCGAAGUGUCGGACGUGGCGAAUGCUGUCGUGGAUGGUGCGGACUGUGUCAUGCUCAGUGGUGAGACGGCGAAGGGCAGCUACCCCGUGGAGGCUGUGAAGAUGAUGGCUGAGACGGCGUACUUGGCUGAACAGUCGCUCUCAUACCAGGCUAUUUUCACGCAGAUGCGCAGCUUGACGCGUAGCCCUACGAACACGAUUGAGACCAUUGCCCUGGUCGCUGCGUCGGCAAGUCUUGAGCAGCGGGCUGGUGCCAUCCUGCUCAUGUCGACGUCGGGUCAGACUGCGCGUCUUGUGAGCAAGUACCGCCCCCCCUGCCCUAUUCUGAUGGUGACUCGUAACCUAUACACGGCGCGCAGCUGCCACCUGUACCGUGGCACGUAUCCGUUCCACUACCCUCGUCCUCACAUUGAGGACCCAUCCCGCUGGCAGGAGGACGUGGACAACCGUAUCAAGUUUGGUCUGGCUGAGGCUCUGAAGCUCAAUAUCGUCAAGAAGGGUGACACUGUGAUUGCUGUGCAGGGCUGGCGCGGUGGCAAGGGCUACACUAACUCGCUGCGUAUUCUCACUGUGCCCACUACUACAGAAGGCUAUGUUCUCGAGAACACUGAUGCGCCUUCGUCGUGA